GGCGGGGCGGGGGCGGGGCGACGGCCGUUGCUGCGGGCCCGGCCCUGCUGCGGAGCCCAGGGAUGAAGCAGCUGUGCUGUUCAUGUCUGUUGUGGCUUGGAGUCCUACAGGCUACUUUCUCUCAUGAGAAAGAAGGCAGCAGACGCAGGAAGCUGUGCGGCAGGUACCUGCUGAUAGAAAUUAUAAAACUCUGUGGCCAGACUGAUUGGAGACAGUUCGAGUUGGAGGACCAAACUCCUUUGACACGGCUCGCUCCUGCUCCCCAUCUCUCAAAGAAGGUCAAAACCUUCAUCCCUGACCAAAGCCCUUCUUCGACCUGGAGAGGAUUCACAAACCCAGUCCCUGCACCCGCCUCUCACAAGAAAGCAGUAUACACUUGGGAACACCAGCCAGCUCCCGACUAUCAGUUUGAAAAGGCCAGCUUGUUUCAGGAGAAGACAAGACAGUUUUCACCCCUCGGUGUCAAUCCCUACGCUCAGAGUAUAAAAGUUCAGCAGAAAAACAGAAACAGAAUCAAUACCUUCAGCAGUUUAUUUUGGGGGAACCAUCCCCAAAGGAAGCGCAGAAGUUUCUCAGAUAAAUGCUGUCUGAAAGGAUGCACCAAAGAAGAGCUGGCCGUAGCGUGUCUCCCAUAUGUUGAUUUAAAAAACUUAACAAUAAAACAAAUGUCACUGGUGACUGAGUUGUACACACCAUCGUAGAAACUAUGCCAGCUUAAUAAAACUUACUAUGUCUAAUUUA